UGCCGAGUCGAAGGUUCGAUGGACUUCUCGUGUGCUCUGGGUGGCAGUCGUGAGUCAGUCAAGUGUCAAGUAACGUCGGCGGAAUAGCGCGAGCUCCGGUGUGGGGAGCAAACCCUUUCUUAUUCAAUACCAAGUCACUGAAAUCAGUCAAACUGACGUGACACUGACAGUGCUGUCACGGGAAACUCAGGGCAAUGAAAGAAUUAUUUUGUGGAAUCAGUGGCGUGAACAGCUCAUGUGCAAGUACACUACACUCUUUGGCGGUGGCUCACUGCAGUCCCUGAGUAGUUCGUUGCAGUUUAGCCUGAGCUAUUCCAAGCAAUGGCUCCGGACAGCCUCAGGAUAGUACUGUUAGCUACGGUUUCAGCCGCUAUCGGUUUGUGGUCCCUUGGUGAGGCAUGUGACGAACUAGUUCCGGAGCAGUGUCUCCUGCCCUUCCCAAACUCCUUCUACCUUCGUGCUGACAACUCCACCGACACAGGGUAUAGAGUGAGCUUCAGUAAAGAGGACUUUCCACGCGACACCCUAGGUUCGCACGCACUACCUAGCGUGCUCAACUCAUUCGAUGGCUUCUCUCCAUUUCCGUCAAUCCUGGCGUACUUCAAGGACUUGUCAGAGAGCAACCUUCCACCACACUGGGACAUUGCACAGUCACUGCUAAGUCACUCCCCCACCAUUCUGCUCAAUGCAGACACUGGUGAAAGAGUACCUCACUUUGCUGAACUUGACAAUGGAGACAAGCUGACGGUGGAACACGCAUUGAUGCUCUGGCCUGCGUAUCGACUCAAUGACAACACGCGGUAUAUUGUAGCAAUGCGUAACCUAUCCACAACGCAUCACAAGCCUGUGGAAUCAUCACAAACAUUCCUUGCUCUGAGGAAUGGCAAGUAUGGUGAUGUACUAGCAAGCAAUCCAUCCACCGAUGAUGAUCGUCAGGCGCACUUUGAUGACAUCUUCCGCAUCUUGGUGAAAGCUGGUGUGGCCCGUGACAGUCUUCAGCUUGCGUGGGAUUUCCGCACUGCUAGUCGCAAAUGCAUCACGGAAAGACUGGUAUUCACACGUGAUGAUGCCUUCGAACGAAUUGUGAACAUCUGUCCCGACUACACCAUUAGCAAGGUUACUGACAAUUACUCAGCCAAUAUUUUCAGGCACAUUGAAGGAACAUUCAAAGUGCCAUAUUACACAAACAAACCUGGCCCUGGCUCACAUUUGGUGAUAGAUGAGAAGGGCCUGCCUGUAUUUCAGGGAGUGGCAGAAGCAGAGUUUGAGGUUCUAAUUCCCCACAGCGUGGUGGCUAAUGCUACGUUCACUCCACCGUCACCUGGUCGUAUCCUGCAGUAUGGACAUGGACUGUUUGGCUCACAUGAUGAAGUUCAGCAAGGCUACUUACAGCAGGUUGCGAAUCGCUAUGGCUACGUAAUGGCAGCGUGUACAUGGUGGGGAAUGAGUCGCGAUGAUGUCGUGCCUUUAGUGCUUACCCUGGCCUCAAAUGUAUCGAAAAUGAACAUUCUUCCGGAUCGUCUGACCCAGGGUGUGACCAAUGCAUUGCUAUUGAUGAAAUUGAUGAAGGGCUCAUUUAGCCGUGAUUCGCAUGUGCAGUUUGGUGGCAGUGGGAAAGCCUGCUACGAAACGGACGAGGCAUACUAUUAUGGCAACUCCCUUGGUGGCAUUAUAGGCUCGGUGUACAUGGCAGCAACAACCGAUGUCACCAGAGGUACGAUUGGUGUCGGCGGUGGUCCAUUUGGCUUGCUUCUGCCAAGAAGUCAUGACUUUGCACAGUUUUCGGCUGGUCUGCGAGCGCUGUACCCUCGCUCCAUGGACUACAUCAGUGCAUUGUCCUUCUUGAAUAUGAUGUGGUCCAGGUUGUCACCUGGUGGCUUCAUGUCUUACAUCACAGACAACCCUCUUCCAGGGUCGUUCAAACAUCAGAUCCUGAUGCAAUACGGCCUUGGAGAUGCUCAAGUGAACAUUCUCGCUGUUCAAAGCUUAGCCCGCUCUGCACACUGUUCCAUAUUUGAGAGCAACGUCCAUCAGCAAUUCUCACGGCCAAACCAACAGCAGAACGUGACGGAGAAGUUUUUCGGCUUUGACGUUGUGGCCAAUAACGCUGUACUACAGAAUUCCUCCCUGCUGCAAGGACUGAACCCGCAUGCAUUACCCGAGCCAUAUAAUAAUGUGCCACCGUCAUCAAAAACGGAUUCUCACGAGAAGCCGCGCCGGUUCCAACCGUUCCAAGAUCAGAUGGAUCACUUUUUCCGUACGGGAGAGAUUCGCAAUUUCUGUGGCAGCCCACCAGGUGCAUGUACGGAACCAGGCGAUCCAUGAGAAGUGUUUAUCAAAGACGUCAGUUGAAAUUACCUUCCUCGUGUCCCUGUGUGCGUGUGUUUGAACCCAAUGCACUGCAUACUGUAGAGUCUUGUAGAAGAGAAAGACUCACAUAAGCGCAAUACCUUUGUGCACUACGUUAUGGCUUGACUAGAAGUAGAAGCCUGGCUCGAAGGAAAGCAUGGCCUAAACACUGGCCAACACAGCAACAAGAACUGUUUUAUACACUAUGGUAGUCUGUGCGGUGCACCAGCACUCAGCACAGGCACUCUGCCAGUACUACACUCGCUGCGCUAAGCCCAAGGAUCUUCCCAGUAUACAAUACAUGUACUAAUAACAAUUUUUAAAUCGUGACAAGGAAUACUGUUUACCUAACACUAGUAUACUGUACCCUUUUCACUUGUCUAAAAAUACGAUGCCCAUGCUAGUGUAUGUACAGGCAGGGUCAACAUACCUUAUUCAAGCUAUUUCUUAGUAUUUCCAGCCACACGGCAAGUGCAUGCACAUGUGUAGCUAUUAUACUAGCUAAUAAUCUAUUUAUACUGCUGUUUGUUCACAGCGUUAUUCGAUUUCAUUUCAGACAAUUCAUCAUUUCAUUUCUGUGUCCAGCCGGCCUGGCCACUUCUCAAUUUUGUGAGUUGCAACACAAUUAGGUCAGAGUAACACGAAUAGCUAGAAUUAGAUUACAGUUUAAUACAUGCGAUUAUCAGUAAUGCUA